CUGUUCCGGCUGCCGUGCCUGGUGAAGGAGGACAACAGGAGGAGUGAAGACCCCCAUUAAGGGCCUGACAAGACCCUGUGCGACGCCUAUGUUCUUUGGUUUCCUAUGGGACUUCUUGGCUUCCAUUUGUUUUACCUGGGCAAGCCGGGCCAGGGUGUUCUAUUUCUCCUCACCUUCGGUCUCUGUGGCAUUGGCUUCCUGGUAGAUAUGUUCCGCAUCCCCUCCCUCGUGAAGGCAGCCAACCAGUGUCCUCGGGAACCAGAACCCUGCAAGAGCACCUGCACAGCCUACAUCCUCGGCGCAUCCCCCUUAGGUAUCCUUGGCCUUCAUCACUACAACCUGGACAGGCCUGUAUGGGGGUUACUGUACACCUUCACCUUCGGCCUGAUGGGAGUGGGUUGGGUGUAUGACUGGUUCCGCAUCCCCGUCCUCGUCAAACGCGCAAACGCUAUCCAAGCGAUGGAAGAAGACAAGGAAUGGAAACACCUGGAUGAUGUCUAUAUACUGUGGUUUCCCUUCGGGUGGCUGGGUCUCCACCAUUUCUACCUGAACAGACCAGGAUGGGGCGCCUUGUACUUCUUUACGUUUGGAGUGUUGGGCGUUGGGUGGUUGGUGGACUUCUGUCGACUGCCGUGUUUGGUGAAGGAUCACAACAAGCAUUUAUCUGAACGACGUCUCAUCGCCAAAAUUACUAAUGGUCACGUCUCCGUCACCUCCACAGGGCAGACUUUUGUCACAGUAUCUAACAUGGCGCCUGGAAGUGUGAUGACGUUGCCUGCUGGUGGAACAGCCUGGCCCCCUGGUGCAGCCGCAAAUCCUGGUGCAGCGCCGCCCCCUGGUGGCAUGAUGCCACCCCCCUACAGCUACCAGAACAUCACAUCCUAUCCACCUCAAGGCUAUGCUGGAGUGUCUGCGGGGUAUCCACAAGGAGCAGGCUACCCGAACCAGGGUUUCUAUCCCGAUCUGUCGGACGCUAAUGCAGCGGGACAGACCGCUCCUCCAAUGCCGCCGUCGUAUGAGGAGUCGCUGACUACUACAGCUAAGCGAGGCCCACCACCCGAUGUCAGCAACAAUCUCCGUACAGAGAAGAAGUGAGAAGAACGUUUCAAUCUGAGUGCCAAUACCUGGAAUACUGAACCUACCCAACAAGUUGUCAUGAUGAACGCGAGAGUUAUAUUUGAACAAAACAGUCAUGGAUCAACAGACCAAUGAAUCAUAGUCUUGGAUAACAAGGGGCGGUCGGGUAGCCUAGUGGUUAAAGCAUUCGCUCAUCACGCCAAUGACCCGGGUUAGAUUCCCGACGUGGGUACAAUAUAUGAAGCCCGUUUCUGGUGUCCCCCGCCGUGAUAUUGCUGAAAUAUUGCUAAAAGUGCCGUAAAACCAAACUCACUCACUCACUUGGAUAACAAACAUUUUGGUGAUUUGUGUCAAGGAUGUUUAAGGUUAUGAAUUAUUAUUAUUUGAUUUUGGUUCAAACUCCGAUGAAUUGUCUUUCCUGUAUUUACAAUACAUGAUAUGGGUGUUAAACCAGUUGUUUAUCAAGAACUGUGCACAACGUGUAUGUAUCAAUCUGAGUGGCAGUGGUGCAGUGUAUGGGAACAAAACUGUCGUGAAACAACGGACCAAUGAAUCAUUGUCUUGGAUGACACACAAUUUGGUUAUUUGUAUCAACGAUGUAUAAAGGGCUGUUAAUUAAUAUUAUUGGUGUCUUGGUUCUAAACCUGAUGCAUCAUAAGAUCUGUAUGUACAAUACAUGAUAUGGGUGUUAAACCAGUUAUUUAUCAAGAACUGUACACAACUUCUAUGUUUGCCUUGUCAGACAAGGCUUUGAGAGGCGGGUCCUUUCAUUGUCCCUCCAUUGACGAACUCAUUGUUUUCAUCAAGCGGACGUCACCACUCAUCAAUGGUGCGCCAUAUUUCGAAACGUCAUAAUGACGUCAUGCAUGACAUCUCUCUCAUAAUUGUUUUCAUUUUGUUUUGCUGAAAUAUAUGUUUUGUAAAUAAAUAAUGAACAUGUA